AUGGACAUAAUUCUUGAAACAGCCCUAUACUCGUGCAGGGAUAGCAUCGAUUUACUUCCAGGUGGCAGACUGUCUGAUCUAGAGUAUGCAGACGACAUUGUGCUACUAAGUGAAGAUACAGAGGAAUAUAAUAUUGCCCGAUACCGUCCGAUUGCUGAGUCACUGUCACAAGCAUUGACCUCGAGCUGCUUCGACUCCGAGAUGGCGAACAAUUCGCUGGAAAUAACCAACUUGGAUAACUUGAGCGAUCCUUCGGGAAUAUUUUCUCUGAUCGAAGUGGUUGGUAAAGGGACGUAUGGAAAUGUGUACAAAGGUCGUCACGUCCGCACUAGCCAGUUGGCUGCCAUCAAAGUGAUGCCGAUCACGCAAGAAGACGAAGAGGAAAUCAUCCUGGAAAUCAAUACGCUCCGGAAGGUAAUGUAUUUUCAAAUUCCGUUGGUUUCACGCUUUUUACUCGACAUACACACUUGCUGA